AUGGGAGACCCUUCUAUCCACCCUCACCCCGAUACAAACCUGCCGUCUACCGAUAGCUCUUUCUCCUCCACGUUUACCUCCGCUGCAGACACCCUACGCAACGGCGGCAGCGCGUCUCGAGGGACUAAUAGCUUGCCCCAUCUCCGCUGGCAAUCCAAUGGUCUGACGCCCAAUCAACUGGCACUUGACCCUACCUCUGACCAAUUCAAUCCCUGUGAUUUUUCGUCUGACGACGAGGACGCUCCCCCUAAUUACGGACAGAUUUUGGCCACUCAGCCUGUUUCUCUUCGUCGCCCACCUGGGCUGAACUCGACAUUGAGCAGCCACCCUCCUAUUCCUACUAUAUCCCUUUCCUUUAGCAGUCUUGACUCUGGCGAUACCGAUCUCCAGCAAAUGCAGGCCAUUUUGGAUCGGCUUGCCCGGCGGGAAGAUAUUCCAGAUGACUGGUGGGCCGGUGCUGGUCUUUCGCGUAAUAUGGGGCGUGGCCUCAGUGCUACUGCUCCUACACGCGCUAAUGAAAAUGAAAAUUCAGGCUGA